ACCCGGAAGGGUCGGGCCCGUAACUCCGCCUCUGGUGCGAUUGACCUCGGGGGCGUCGGGCAGAGUCCAGGUUCGCGGAUGGACCUGGUGGUCGGCGAAGGAGCUCCAUGGAGGCGUCGUGGAGAAGCACCAGUGCGGAGCCGGGGUGGUACAUCUCUGCCCAGCUACCUGAAGAGGCGGCGUCGGAAGAGUUGAGCCCGUUGCUAGGCAACGAACUUCGCAGACAGGGAUCCCCAGGAGUUUCAUUUGGCUUCUCAGUCUUUAAUUUGAUGAAUGCCAUCAUGGGAACUGGCAUUCUUGGCUUAGCUUAUGUGAUGGCAAAUACUGGUAUCCUUGGAUUUAGUUUCUUGCUGCUGAUGGUUGCUUUACUGGCUUCUUACUCAGUCCACCUCCUGCUUAGCAUGUGUAUUCAGACAUCUGUAACAUGUUAUGAAGAUCUUGGACUCUUUGCAUUUGGAUUACCUGGAAAGGUUGUGGUGGCAAGCACCAUAAUAAUUCAGAAUAUUGGAGCUAUGUCAUCAUAUCUUUUAAUUAUUAAAACAGAGCUCCCUGCUGCUAUUUCGGAAUUUUUGACUGGAGACUAUAGUGGGUCUUGGUAUCUUGAUGGGCAGAAACUAUUAAUAAUCAUUUGUGUUGGCAUUGUGUUCCCUCUUGCACUUCUUCCUAAAAUAGGCUUUCUUGGCUACACAAGUAGUUUAUCAUUUUUCUUUAUGGUGUUCUUUGCUCUUGUGAUAAUAAUUAAAAAGUGGUCCAUCCCUUGUCCUUUGACCUUAAACUAUGCAGAGGAAUUCUUCCAGAUUUCAAAUGCUACAGAUGAUUGUAAACCAAAGCUCUUUCAUUUCUCCAAAGAGAGUGCUUUUGCGCUACCAACCAUGGCUUUUUCGUUUCUCUGCCAUACUUCAAUAUUGCCCAUAUACUGUGAACUUCAAAGCCCCUCAAAGAAGAGAAUGCAGAGUGUAACUAAUACAGCAAUUGCUUUAAGUUUUCUCAUUUACUUUGUAUCUGCACUCUUUGGAUACCUUACUUUUUAUGACAAAGUGGAAUCAGAGUUACUACAAGGUUAUGGUAAAUACUUGCCUCAUGAUGCUGCAGUCAUGACUGUGAAGUUAUGCAUGCUGUUUGCUGUGCUUUUGACAGUCCCUCUAAUCCAUUUCCCUGCCAGAAAAGCUUUAAUGAUGCUGCUUUUCUCCAAUUCUCCAUUUUCCUGGAUUCGCCAUUCUUUGGUCACUCUAGCCCUCAAUAUUACCAUCAUUUUACUUGCAAUAUAUGUUCCUGACAUUAGAAAUGUAUUUGGUGUUGUUGGUGCCACUACAUCAACUUGUUUGAUUUUCGUAUUCCCAGGACUAUUUUAUCUUAAACUUAGCAGAGAAGAUUUUCUCUCAUGGAAAAAGCUUGGGGCUUUCAUUUUGCUCAUCUGUGGAAUUUUGGUUGGAAAUUUUAGUUUAGCACUUAUCAUUUUUGAUUGGGUUAAUAAAUAAAGGAAACAUUUUUUCUAUUAUGAAGAAUAAUUUACCUCCAUCUGCAAGAAGAAGUGAUUCUGAGAGGCACAUUAGAUGGAAAAUACAUUUUUAUGAAAAUUGUUAACAGAAAACCAGAACAAAAUGUCAGGAGAAAGCAGGCAUAUAAUAGUUUCAAUAAAAAUAAAAACUGAAAGUGCA